AUGAGAUGGCCGCUGCUUCUGGCACUGGCACCAGCCUUCCUUUCGCCGCUCAGGCGAACGGCAGUGCAGCGACGUGCUACGUUGAAUGAGGCCCUGGACAUUUUCGGGCUGGAGGUGGUGCCGAGUGCCUCGGAGCUCAGGAGAGUCUUCCGAAAGCUGGCGGCGAAAACGCAUCCGGACGUGACUGGCUCUGAAGAGGCCUUCCGGAGAAUGGUGGAGGCCUACCGCCAGCUUCAGAGCGCCGACCCCGGCGCAGGCAAAGACAAAGAUGCAGUGGAUGAGUUCCUGCAAGACUGGCUGUCGGAAUCCGUCCUGGGCUGGGGCGACUUCGCGCAGAUUGAGCGUGACACAGAUGACGAUGGCUGGGCAGGACGAGCUCCGGUUCUAAAUAACUUUGUCCGCAGGCACGACGCUGCCUCAGAAGGAGGAGUGCAGGAGGGCGACUGCGUCAUUUUCCGCCUCCUGCAGCCCAUACGGGGCUUCGCGUGGGGAGUCGGCCGGGUGAUUGCUGUGCAGGUGAACUACAGCAGGAGCGGGCCCAACGGUCUUCUCCACCUGCAGCCACUGCGGCAGAUUGGGCCCACCUUAUUGGAGGAGGACCUGGAUGCGGACGUCGCCAUCACCCGGGCCACGGACCGGCUGGAGCUCCUCGCCGUGGAACUGCUGGCCGACGGCCGCGUGCAGCUGCCGGAGCUGGGCCGCGCCCACGUGCGGGCGGCUUUGGGUGGAGACUUGUGGGGCAACCCCCCGAGAACGGCCCCUCCCGCUCCAGAGCUUCAAUCGAACGAGUCUCGCAUGGCCUAA